GCAUCCGAAGGACAGCGAGAAACAUUUUUAGAGACAGAGAAACCGUCUGUUUCUUAGUCCCUCUUCCCACUCUCCAACUGACCUACGCCUCUUUUCCUUUUCUCUCUGCGAUCCGAUCCUUCAAGCUUUUGGAAAUCCUUCAGAGGAGAAUUUUCCGACUCCUUUUGUUCAUGAACUCUUGAAAGAAGGAAGUAAUUUGCUUUUGAUUCUGUUGCUUAAUUUUGUUUCCCUUUGUCCUGUUUGCCGUCGAUCAAGCUACUUACUGCCGUCUGAAAGAAACCCUAAUUACUAAUUUGCGAUGGCUGCUUCUACUUUACCUGAUGCUGAUUCGGUGACGGCAUCGAGUGCCGAUCAUUCUUCUCGUAAUUCUGGACAGAGUAAUAGCAGCAGCCCCAAAUCAUCAUCACGUCGCUCUGGUGGGCGCACAGUGUCUUCUCCUUGGAACCAGAUUGUUCGCGGUGAACUAGACACCGCGACGGCUGUUUCAUCACCUGUAUCUCCGACUACUGUUGUUGAACCUGUAACAUUUACUUCUUCUUCUUCGUCUGAAGAACCAGUGGGUGAGUGUUACGAUGGCGGGAAUGGAUCGUCCGCCAAUGCCGGAAAGAAGCCAGCGUGGAACAAACUCGCUAAUGGAACCGAGGCUGGGCCUGUCAUGGGGGCUGUGUCUUGGCCCGCUUUGUCGGAAUCUGCCAAGGGCACACCUAAAUCAUCUUCGGAUUCAAUUAAAAGUUUAGGUGAUGGAUACGCUGGCGCGCAGGGGACUGAAACUUCGUCAUCAUCAUCAUCAAACAAAGAAGGUAAUAAUGACGUUAGUCCUAAUCCUGAUUCAACUCUUACUCAUCCAAUAACUUCGCGGCAGAAAUCGAUGAGGCGCAAUGGUUCAAAUAGUUCAUAUAACAGUGCCCUCUCUCAGCAGUCUGCUCCUUCAAGUCCUGUAAUCGACCCAGCUCCUAACAGUUCUUCGAGGGAUCAGACACAGAGAACUGCAUUUAUAUCAUCACAAUCACAUAAUGAUCAUGGUCAUCAACAACCACGUAGUAGUUCAUUUCGGAGUCGUGGUGGUGGUUCACAUCCACGUGGUGAUAAUUCUCAUCAUCAUAACUAUAGUUCUAGGCAUGAUCACGAUCGAGGAAAUCAAGAUUGGAAUUCAAACCGAAAUUUUAAUGCACAACCUCAUAGAGUGGUUCACAGGUUUAUUAGACCACCUCCACCUCCACCUCCUAAUACCACUGGCUUUAUUUCUUCUCCAACAAUGAGGCCUAUUGGGGGUCCCCUACCCUUCCCUGAUUUUGUACCUCCAGUGGUGUAUAUUGGUCCUCCUCCUCCUCCUCCUCCUCCCCCUCCUCCAGAGGCUCUUCGAGGUGUACCUUUUGUCGCUCCAAUUCCACCCAAUGCAAUGUUUUUUCAUGGCCCAGAUCCUCAGUUGUACGCUAUGAUAGUGAGUCAAAUAGAAUACUACUUUAGUGGUGAAAAUUUAGUAAAAGACACUUUCUUGAGGCAGAAAAUGGAUGAAGAUGGCUGGGUUCCAGUUAGACUAAUAGCAACCUUCAGCAAGGUUAAACGUCUGACUGAAAAUAUCCAAACUAUAUUGGAUGCAUUGCAAUCAUCUACUCUUGUGGAAGUAAAGGGAGAUAAAUUAAGGAGGCGAAAUGAUUAUGAUAGAUGGAUUAUUCGACCUGGUCAAGUUCCUAAUAUUGCAGCCCCAUUAAGCCCAGUAAGUUCCAAUCAGGAUAUGUUGGCAGCUGGUGUUCAAGGUAUUGCACUAGAGAAUAUUAAUCGUAGGGACUCUGAAGGUGGACAGGGUGGUGGUCACGUUGAGGCACAACCAUGUGGUGAUGAUCGUCCAGGCCAAGUAAAUACCAAGGCUGGCCCGGAUUGUUCAUCGUCUGAAAGGAGUUAGACCAAGUUUGUGCUGUGAACCCAUGCCCUUUUGAAGGAAAACUAGAUGUGGGUGUAGAGAUUAAGUGAGGAGAUGUUAGCGACACGGUUUGCACAACUAAAAUUCUCUUCUCUUGAUGCCAAGUAAAUUGGUAAACUGAAGUUAUAGAAGAGAAACAAUUUUAAAAAGAAAAAGGAAAAAACUAAAACUUUUAAACUUAAAAAAAAAAAAAAAAAAAAAAAAAAAAACUAUGACAGAAGUUCCUUUUGUGGUGGAGGGAUGCAUUUAUGGUUUUGUGGGCUGCUGUUGGCUGGCUGGCAUGACUUGUGUUUCUCAAGUUCAUGUUCUUUUUUGUUGUGAUUUUAGUUUUUGGUGAUGAUGAUGGCAUGUUACUUAAUGUGGAGAAUUUUGAUUUGCUUCCCCAUUGCAGCCCCUCAGCUUGUUUUUUCUUUACAUCUUUGGGGUUAGAGUACUUUGAGUUCUAAGAUGAGAGAACACGAUGGUUCGAGUAAGAACCAGAAGGUUUGGCUUUUGUUUCUGCAAGGUGAAUCAAGAGAGGUUGGUUGGCUUUUGUUGGAUAUUGUGGAGGCUGGGUUGCAACUGCCGUUCUUCUACCUUGAAGGUUCUUCUUUCCAGCUUUUGUUAUUGUAUUUUAGGAAACUUUCCCUGUCAUUUGCUCUAUAAAUACCUUCCAACUUUAAAUGCUGCAUUAGGAACUUCGGAGGUUGAUAUUAUUUUGCUCGAGAUAUCUUUAUUUUAUUGAUACGGUUUGGAACAAGUAUUUAUGAAAAUGGGAAUUUGCAAUACCAGUUAAUAGUGCUGCAUUUCUCCCAAAUUUUUGUGGCUUCGUUCA